AUGGUGGUGGUCCAUCAGGCUCAAUUGCGGCAUUCAAUUGGAGGAACCAGAACGGUAAUACCGGGCCCCCAUUCGUUUCCAACAUCAUCCAAAUAUUCUGCCCUACAGAACUCAUACUCUGCGCUAGAAUCGCUUUAUCUGACACUUUUGGUCAGAUGUGAAUCUGCCGAGUACAAUUGCCGUCUUUUGCAGUUUGAACUUAAUACCAUAAAAUCGCAAUCGCUUGCUGCCAUACAAAAUACAAACGUUGUUCCUGAUUCAUUUGGCGAUCAAGAUUCUGAGAAUGUUCUCCGCAAUUCCAAUAAUGUAUUGGAUAGCAAAGACGCUCAAUUGAAAUCCGAAUUUUCCGGAAAUAUAAUUGAUUUUUCCAAAGCUUCCAACAAUAACGACGAUUACAGUAUUCAUGAAAGCCCAGAAUCAGAAGAGCCCAAGCGCGACAUACUCCAAGAAAAAUCACAAGAUACAGAGGAGGGGCCUCCAGAAUCCUUUUUUGUAAAUAUGGAAAUUAUAAAAGACGAUAAAAAGCUUGGAGAACCGCUACAUGAAUACGAUAGAGUGCCGCUAGAGUCUUUCGAGGAACAGGAUGGAGAACACAAAACUAAGAAUGAUGAUCUUUCUAUGUUGCAGGAGAAGAUAUCGUCUUUGGAGUUUACGCUCAAAUCGCAAACGGAAAAACUUCAAGCACUAGUAAAAGAAAAGGAUAAGGGUGCUUGCAUAGUGUAA